AUGAUGCUUUACCCCACCGCGCCCGAAGCGGCCACGCGCUUCCUCCAUUUCGUGAACGCGUCGCCAACGCCGUUCCAUGCCGUUCAUAACGCCGCGCUCAGACUCGAAAAGGCUGGCUUCCGCAAGGUGAAGGAGCUCGAUGAUUGGGAGAAGGGCUUGAAGGCUGGCGGAAAGUACUACUUUACCCGUAACCAAAGCGCGCUCCUGGCCUUCACGCUCCCCGCCUCGUGGCAGCCCGGCGCCGGCGUCUCGAUCGUCGCCACACACAUCGACUCGCCCAACCUGCGCAUCCGCCCCGUCUCCAAGCGCUCCAAAGCCGGCUACCUCCAAGUUGGCGUCGAGACGUACGGCGGCGGACUGUGGCACACGUGGUUCGACCGCGAUCUGUCGCUGGCCGGCCGUGUCGUCGUGGGCAAGGACGGCGAGUACAAGAGCCGUCUCGUCAAGAUCGAGCGCCCGGUGCUGAGGAUCCCGAACUUGGCUGUGCACUUGAACCGCAACUCGGCGGACAACUUCCAGUUCAAUACUGAGACCGAGUUUGUCCCCGUGUUGGGUCUGAUUGCCAGCGAGCUCAAUGCUACGGCCGCAGAGAAGGCUCAGGAUGUGCCGAAGGUCGAGGGAUCGAGUAUUCAGGCGAAUCAUCAUUCUUCGUUGUUGGAGCUGCUUGCAGGCGAACUGGAUAUCACGCCGGACCAAAUUCAAGACUUUGAGAUGCACCUCUACGACACGCAACCCUCCGCCCUCGGCGGUCUGAACAACGAGUUCAUCUUCUCCCCGCGCAUGGACAAUCAAUUCUCGUCCUUCGCUGCCGUCGAAGCCCUCGCCAAGCACGCCUCCUCGCCCUCAUUCGGCUCAUUAGAAGGCAAUGUGAACUGUAUUGCUCUAUUCAACCACGAAGAGAUCGGCUCGGUCUCCACAACGGGCGCCGACGGCAACCUCAUCCCCUCGCUCCUCGAGCGUCUCGCAGGCAGUCCGAGCUUAUUAGGGAGGAGCACGGCACGGUCAUUCCUGGUGUCCAGCGACAUGGGACAUGCUGUCCACCCGAACUAUCUGAGCAAGCAUGAGGAUAAUCAUAGGCCACUGGUCAACGGGGGCGUGGUCAUCAAGACGAACGCGAAGCAGCGGUAUGCGAGCGACGCGCCGGGGUCGUUCAUCGUGCGGAAGCUCAUCGAGAAGGUGGGCGGGCGCGUACAGGAGUACGAGGUCCGGAACGACAUGGCGUGUGGUUCGACGGUCGGCCCUAUGCUCUCGAAGAACGGCCUGCGCACUGUCGAUGUUGGCGGCGCGAUGCUCUCAAUGCACUCGAUCCGCGAGACGGCGGGUUCGCACGACGUUCAACAUAUGAUUGACUUCUUCGGCGCAUUCUUCAACGACUUUUCGAAGAUGGACGCGGCGCUGAACGUCGAUUGA